AGUCUGUCUCUCGUGGUGCCUGACUCAGGAGGCGGUGUCUGGCCCAGAGGCGACAGAGCCUGGUGUCCCUUUAAGCAGGGAGUACAAAUUCUCAUCCCAGUCCCUCCCUCCUGCUCUUCCUGACGUCAGCAGAGAGGCGUGUGUGAGUGAGUGAGGGGCUGAGGGGCCGCCUCCUCGCUCUGUCUCUCUCACACACACAUACUCACACACACACAGCUCAUCUCCAGACCAUCCCCUGCCUGCCCGCCACACGCAGGCCGGCACAGUGCUGCUGCAGCUCAGGAGGCGGUGCCUGGACCCCAGCUGCCAGGGAGAGACGGAGCCUGUGGCUGGUGUGGCCACCGAGCAGGGCCAGGCCGGGCCCUGCCCGCAAGGACGCCCGAGCCUUCCUCCGGCCCCUGGGCCCCAGAGCCCCCCAGGCUCUCCUGCUGGCCCCACCAUGACUUCGGAGCCCACGUCGCCUCCCGUUGUGCCCCCGCUUCACUCUCCCAAGUCCCCUGUCUGGCCUACCUUCCCCUUCCACCGGGAGGGCAGCAGGGUCUGGGAACGGGGUGGUGUCCAGACUCGGGACCUGCCCAGCCCUCUGCCCACCAAAAGGACCAGGACAUAUUCGGCGACAGCCCGUGCCUCGGCUGGCCCCGUGUUCAAGGGCGUCUGUAAGCAGUUCUCACGCUCACAGGGCCAUGGCUUCAUCACACCUGAGAACGGGUCUGAAGACAUCUUUGUGCACGUAUCUGACAUCGAGGGGGAGUAUGUGCCGGUGGAGGGUGACGAGGUGACCUACAAGAUGUGCCCCAUCCCGCCCAAGAACCAGAAGUUCCAGGCCGUGGAGGUGGUGCUCACCCACUUGGCUCCCCACACCCCCCAUGAGACGUGGUCCGGUCAGGUCGUAGGCUCCUAGGCCGGUGGCUCUUGUGCCAACCAGCCAGGUGGCAGGAGCCCCACGGGGGGAUGAGCCUCAGCCAGCUCCGCACCCCUACUGCACUGGCUGACCAGCCCUGGGUGGCCUCAGUGUACACGUCUGUCUGUCUGUCUGUCUGUGCUUGUGGCUGUGAGCGUGUCCUCCACCCACCUCUGUGACUGUGGCUGCUAUGGGAGCUGGCCAGGAGCUGGCCAGAGCAGGCAGCUGCCAGCCCUGCCUUCUCUGUUGGCCCACGGUUGGCACCCCCGGCCAGCACAGGUCCCUCUCGCCCUCCUGCCACUUGCCUGACCAUGCAUUGGCUGAGCCCCUGAAGCCUGCCUCAGGCUCGGGCAGACAGUGAUCCCUCGCGACAGCCCUACUCCUCUGCCCCUGCCCCGCCCAAGCCUUCCUCUGCCCAGGCCCUGGUACUCAUGUCUCCAACCCAGGCUGGGGUCUCUAACAUGGCCUGGACCCUUCUCUCAGGAGCCAGGUCAGUGAGCUCUGAGGAGCCUCCAGCCUCUGGUGGGGUGACAGGGCCUAACACGGAGGCAGACGGGCCCCCCUGCUACCUUCCUCCUGCUAUCAGCACACUGGAGGGCAGGAAAGCGCCUACCGGUGGGAGGCGACUUGGGCACUCCAGUCCCUCAGCCGUAUUCCUUCUCCUGGCUCUGGGGAGGGCCUCCCUAGCUUGCAUGGAGCUGUCCCCUUGACUCUGACCUGCAAACCUCAUUGAUGUUCUGCCACGUGCCUGGCCAAGGGACGCUAAAGAUGUGGCGACAGAUGGACACACGUCCCCUUGGGCAAGGCCAGGCCCAGGCUCCCAGGAGGAUGACCCUCAGCCUGGGGGGCCACCUGCCACCCACUCCAGACACCUUCCCAAAGCUGCGGGAGGGUGGCUCCCAACAGCCAGUGGUCGAGGUGUGAUCCCUACCCUGUCUAUCCCGAGAGGUGUGCUGUCCCUCACCUGGUCCUUCAGGGCCAGGAUGUGUGUGUGUGCGUGUGCGUGUGCAUCUAUUUCAUCACUGGGAAGAAGGGUAGGAAUGGCCUGGCCUGGGAGGCCAGGAAGGAGGGGCCCUGCUUCAGCCCCCACACUCCCUUCUGGAGAGUACGCCACCUGCCAGGGAAGAACAGGGUCCCAGGUUCAAGGGAGGGCCUGCCAGACAUGAGCCUCAUGAGAGUCUGUGCAUAAAACUGGGGGCUCAAAUGCCCAGGACGAGGAGGUCAGUGGCUGUCUAGGGGCACUGCAAGCUUUGUGGGCACCCUAUAACACCUGGGUAAAGACCAGUUGGGGAAACUGCAUCCCGCCCAUUCCCCAGGGCCUACCACACAGAGCUGGAAGCCCAGAGCUACUGAGACAUGCUAGCCAGCCCCUCAGAAUUGGGACGGGCCCCACCUGACACCCUACUUUGAGCCAGGCUAUUCCAGCAAGGCCUGACUCCUGAGAAACAAAGACUCCCAGGCCCCCUGGCAGAGGGCUUGUUGGCACAGGUUGGCUUCCGGGGGCCCACAAGGCUUCCCUCCUGUGAGGACACCCCCUUUAUCAGUGCCAGCCAGCAGGCAGAGGACACAUGGGUGGCAGGGGGCUGCAGCUCUCCUCCCCACUCAGAGCCUCCCAGCGCCCAGUCAGAGAACCUCCUGAGACUCCCAGCCACCUGGACCCCAUCGUUCCUAACACUGGCAAUAAACCCUCAACUGUGA